CACUUUUUGUCUAUCCCAACGAAAAUAUUCCACCACGGUUAAUAAUUUUGAUAAAUAUUCAUUGGAUCUUGGCGUUUAAUUUUAAUUUUUGUGAUUUACAUUAAUUCCUGGGCAAAAUGGGUGAUAAUAAAUGCAAGAGAUGUAAGAAGAGCGUCACUACCGGACUAUCAUGUGUUAUUUGCGGUGUUGUAUCUCAUCCUAGUUGCCUAAAAUCAGUAAAAAAUUCCAUAAUAAUUGAUGACAACACAUGCAAUUGUUGCUCAGACAAUGCCAGCGAACAAACACCAACUGUAAUUCUCAAGCCAUCGUUUUCAAACUCUGAACUAGUAAUAAAAGUAACAUUUCUUGAAGAGAUUAUUAGAAAUAAAGAUAUGGUUAUAUUUAAUCAAGAAAUUGCUAUUAAAUCAUUACAAAGCCAAGUUGAUUUGAUGAAAAAAGGAUCUUUUAUGGAAACAGCCAUACAAACAAAUAAAGCGAAAUCUCUGCCAACAGAUUUUAAUUCAAAUCGUCACACGGUAUUAAAAGAAGCUCAGGGUAACUCAUCAAAAACUCCUAUCAGCAGAACGGUAGUAUCGUCCGCUAUUGCUAAUGCUCAAGCUUCAAAUUCAUGCCAUGAUAUAAUACAUUUGAACAAAGAUUCCACCUCUCAUAGAGAUUAUUACAAUUUUAAAUCUAAUAAACCUACAAGGAAACUAUUGACUGGAAACAUGAAUGUUGAAUCAAACUCUAACUUAAAGGCAUCAAUUUUUCAAGAAAUGAAACAUCUACACUCUGCUAAGUGGGAUCCCAACACCUUAGAAGAUGAGUUGUCAAAAUAUUUGCAAAGUAUUCUGCCAGCUACAAGGGUCAAAAAAUUGAAUGCAAGAUACCCGCUGGAUUAUGCAUCUUUUAAAAUCUCGGUUCCUGCUGCUGACAUUGAAACAAUCUUACAACCAGAACUGUGGCCAAGUGGUCCUCGUGAAUUAAUUACCGCUAUGUAG